AUGACAACUCAGAAAUCCCCAACCCCUAUCGGGAAACUCGAUAUCGAUCUAUGUCAGAAGAAAAAGAGAAACUUUGAAUUCCCAUGUACUAUAGAAAAAAACGGGAUAACCAUCUCUGCUUUCUUUUUACCUGACACUGGAGCAAGCGGUAAAAUUUACGUGAAUAAAAAACUCGCCUUUGAUAUCGCUGAAAGAACAAACCUCCCCCUCGAACCUAUUAAACCUCGUAUUGUCUAUGGUUAUAAUCAACAAAAGGCUAAUCCUAUCACUCAACGUUUGAAAACAACCCUCACCAUCGGUCAUCGCAAGUUCCCUAAUGUUUAUCUAUAUGUUAUAGAAGAAUUAGCUUGUGAUCUCAUCAUUGGAAGAGAGUGGUUAGCACAACAAAAGGUAUUGUUGGACGUAGCCAGAUCGAAGAUCCUAUGGCCCGGAGAACUCAUGAAUUCAUUGGAUAAGGAACCAUCACGAUCGAUGAAAGGACCAACGCCCGAAGGAACUACACCUCAUCGGAUAGCAUUGAUCAAUGCUAUCGGAUACCGAAUGAACACCCGGAACCGGAAGAAUCAAUGCUUUACAGCCACAAGUUGGGAAAUCGAUCAGAUCCUAUACCAAAGGGAGCACUCUGUAGAAGAUCGCCCAGAAGAAACGGAACUGGAAACGCUGCAACGAACUAUCCCUAAAGAAUAUCAUGAUCUCAUUGAUCUCUUCUCCAAGAAAAAGGCAAAUGCUCUACCCCCUCAUCGGAAUAGCGACCAUAAAAUUAGAUUGACACAACCCAACAACUUGACAUUGUCUCCAUUAUAUCGACAAACGACCCAGGAAUUACAAGCUUUAAAGAAGUUCAUCGAUGAAAACUUGAAUCGGGGAUGGAUCGCUCCUAGUAACGCUUCGUUUGCUGCACCUAUCCUCUUCGUCAAAAAGGCUAAUGGGGAUCUGAGGUUAUGUGUAGACUAUCGGAAAUUAAACGAAAUCUCAGCUAAAGAUGGCUAUCCGCUUCCAAGGAUUGACGAGAUCCUCUCACAAAUGUCCAAAGCCAAAAUCUUCACGAAACUCGAUCUACGCGCUGCCUUCAAUGCUAUUCGAAUGCAUCCCGAUUCAGAGGAACUCACUGCGUUCCAAACUUGCUUUGGACAAUUCAAAUCGCUAGUUUUGCCUUUCGGAUUGUCAGGAGGACCCGGGACUUAUCAACGGUUCAUCAAUAAUCUUUUGAUGGAGAACCUGGGAAACUUCUGUACCGCGUACCUGGAUGAUAUCAUUAUCUACUCUACAGAUCCAUCAGAACAUACUGCCCAAGUCAGAUGGGUAUUAACCAAAUUGAAAGAGGCCGGCCUGUCUGUGGACAUCAAAAAAUGCGAUUUCUCGGUGUCACGAAUCAAGUAUUUGGGAUUCUAUGUAUCGACAAAAGGCUUGGAAGUUGACCCUGAAAAGAUCAAAGAUAUACUGACCUGGAAAAGGCCUACGACAGUCAAAGGAGUACGAGGUUUCCUAGGAUUUUGUGGUUUCUAUCGCAAAUUUAUCAAAAACUAUGGACGAAUCGCACGCCCUCUAGAUAAGCUCACGCAGAAGGGACGAAUCUUCGAUUGGGAUCCGGACUGCCAGAAAGCCUUCGAAACACUGCGACAAGCUGUAACAGAAGCUCCGGUCCUGCAUUACUUUCAUCCAGACCGCCUCACUAAGGUAGAGACGGACUCUUCCGACGGGGUGACAGGUGGCAUUCUCUCCCAAUUGGAUCCGGCGACAAAGGAAUGGCAUCCGUUGGCGUUCUUCUCUAAGACUAUGAAUCCCGCAGAAUGUAAUUACGAGAUCCAUGAUAAAGAAAUGCUGGCUAUCCUGCAAGCAUUUCAGCAGUGGCGAGUGGAGCUCCAAAGCGUUGAAAAUCCCGUCCAGGUCUAUUCUGAUCAUCAAUCUCUGGAGAUCUUUAUGCGAACUAAAAAGUUGACAGCACGCCAAGCACGAUGGGCAGAAUACCUUUCUCAAUUCAACUUCCAAUUGGAAUAUCGUACUGGAAAAGCAAAUGGACAAGCUGACGCCCUAACCCGGCGCGACAGCGAUAUACAGAGCCAAAAAGAGCGGAUGGAGGCCAAUCGCCUCGGUACUCUCCUAAAGCCAACGAUGCUCUCCCCCGAAGUGCGAGCAGAAGUAUUAGCGCCUCUUGUGGAAGAUAUCGAUCCUGGCCUAGGACAGAUGCUACAGGUUUUGCAGGCUAAUCGUACUGCAACAGAACUAGGAGAACAACGCACCUUGGCACGAACAGAAGCGAACGGGAAAUGGACGUUGGUUGAUGGCUUAUUGCUUCGAUCUGGUAAGCUAGUAGUACCAAACGCUAUGGUUGUUGAUAGACCAUUACGAACACUCUUGAUCAAAGAAGCUCAUGAACAAGUUUCUAUGGGACACCCUGGUAUUCGUAAAACGACAGAACUAUUGAUACAACGGUAUUAUUGGAAAGGAUUGCCUCAGGAUGUUGAAAGAUAUAUUCACAAUUGUAGCAUAUGCCGACGUGCUCAUAUACCCCGUGACAAGACUCCCGGCUUGCUUCAACCGCUCCCUGUCCCUGAAAGACCCUGGCAGCAUCUAACGAUGGAUUUCAAGAGCUUUCCGAAGUCAAAAAACGGUCACAAUGCAAUCCUGGUAUUCAUGUGUCGAUUGAGCAAGAAAUCGACAACCAUUCCGUGCUUCCAAACUGCAGAUGCUAGAGAUCUCGCUCGAAUGUUUUUAGAACGAAUUUACUCUUAUUACGGACCACCUGAUAGUAUCGUUUCAGAUCGCGGCCCACAAUUCGUGUCGGACUUUUGGAUGGAGUUGAUUUCGAUGUCGGGGAUAUGGUAUAUUCGCAAACUUGGAGACCAGAUGAGCGGCCCCUAUAGGAUCCUAGAGAGACGCGGAAACGCAUUCAAGCUAGAAUUGCCUGCAGAGAUCAAAGUACACCCGUACUUUAAUCCUGAGAAGCUCCGCAAAGCCGCAGAAGAUCCUUUGCCUGGACAAGUUCACGCACCACCUAUACCUGAAGAGAUCGAUGGCAACUUGGAAUGGGAAGUCGAAAAAAUACUUUCAGUCCGCAAAGUUUACGGACUGCUCCGCUACAGGGUUAAAUGGCGUGGUUUCGAUACCGACAUCGAUGAAUACUCACCUACCGAUCUUAAAAACUCACCGCUAGCACUAAAAGCUUUUCACAACGAGUACCCUGACUUACCCGGGCCACCGAAGAAUCUUAAUUACUGGUUAGAAUGUGCAUUGGAAGAUAAGGUUCCGGAAGAUCGAUUGGACGACAACGAGGAGAACUAG